CUGGACACAUUUUUCGAGCAACUGCUUUGACCGCUUCGAACACAGUGUCUAUUACAUAGCCUAUGCAUCAUAUUUCGGGCUGGUGAAGGUAUAUAAGCUGGAGAGAGACGCAGAGGGAUUCACUGCAGUGAACAGAUUCAUCUCGAGCGAAUUUCACUCUAACCUUAGAGACAACCCCCUAAGUUAAAAAUGUCUUUAGCCUCAAAAUUGUCUGAAGCUGACAUCACUGCAGCCCUCGCUGAAUGCCAAGCUGCCGGCUCUUUCAACCACAAGAAAUUCUUCGCAAAGGUCGGCCUGUCUGCCAAGUCUCCUGCUGACAUCAAGGCAGCCUUCGCAGUCAUUGACCAGGACAAGAGCGACUUUAUUGAGGAGGAUGAGCUGAAGCUGUUCCUGCAGAACUUCUCCGCCAGUGCCAGAGCUCUGACCGACGCUGAGACAAAGGAAUUUCUCAAGGCCGGUGACUCUGAUGGUGAUGGCAAGAUUGGAGUUGAUGAGUUUGCUGCAAUGGUCAAGCAGUGAAUAAACUGACCAACAUCUUACUUCGUUACUCCAAAGGAACAACUUGAGCCAAGACAUGAUCCUCCUCUAUUCGACUCUUCCCUCUCACUCUCUCUCAACUCUCCACACCACUUUUAUACACACGACCUUUCACCCCCGCCCUCCCCACCUCUCUCUCUCUCUCUCUCUGACUGUUGCUGUCCUGGAUGAAUGUACUGGACGAAGUGUAUAGCGAGGUUCUCUCUCUUUCUCUCUCUCUCUUUUUUCUCUCUUUCUCUCACUUCUGUCGUCGUUUUAUUAUGUGAGUUUUGCUUACUGUGAGAUCGGUGAUGAUGCACUUUUAUGGGAAACGGACGGACGAUGAGACAACAAUAAAGGUUCUUUUUCAAUAACACAA